CCCACUCUCCUCGAAGCUUCAUCAGCUAUAGCGAGCUAAAUUCAGACACUUCACUGCUGGUGACGUGUCCUGGUAGCUCAUUGGCUGUUUACCCGGAAGCACAACUUGGACGUUCCCUCUGCGUGUCACUGAAGGCUUAGUCUGCGUUUCACAGGAAUAUAAACAUUAGAAAGAAAGUAGCUGGUUUGUGCCGUUUACCGGAGCCAUGGCAGAUGUAGAGCUGAACGGAGGUGGGACUGCAAUUUCCUCUACACCAGCCACUGCUCAGAGUACCAACCCUCUCUCCAGGAAGCUCAACAAGAUAUUGGAAACCCGACUGGAUAAUGACAAGGACAUGGUGGAAGCUCUUAGAGCACUUUCUGCUUUUUUUACCGAAAACAGUCUGCGAAGCCGAAGGAACUUACGGGGCGACAUAGAACGGCGCAGUUUGUCUAUUAAUGAAGAAUUUGUGGGAAUAUUUAAAAAAGUUCGGGAGGAACUUGAAAGCAUAAAUGAAGAUGUUCAAGCAAUGAGCUGCUGCUGUCAGGACAUGACUAGCCGUUUGAAGGCAGCAAAGGAGCAGACUCAUGAUCUGAUUGUGAAAACAACAAAGCUUCAGUCAGAAAAUCAGAGACUGGAGAUCCGAGCCCAGGUUGCAGAUGCCUUCCUAGAAAAAUUCCAGUUGACAUCCGAUGAAAUGAACAUUCUCAGAGGCACCAGGGAAGGACCUUUAACCGAGGACUUUUUCAAGGUUUUAGGAAGAGUCAAACAAAUCCACAAUGAUGUCAAGUUACUCUUGCGUACCAACCAACAAACUGCAGGGCUGGAAAUUAUGGAGCAAAUGGCUUUGCUUCAAGAAACCUCUUAUGAGCAACUUUACCGCUGGGCACAAAAUGAAUGCAGAACGUUGACGCAAGAGUCAUGUGAUAUAUCUCCUAUUCUGGCUCAGGCUAUGGAUGCUCUGCAGGACAGACCUGUACUCUACAAUUACACCUUGGAUGAAUUUGGAACGGCCAGAAGGAGUGCAGUGGUCCGAGGAUUCAUUGAUGCCCUAACAAGGGGUGGAGCUGGGGGCACACCACGACCCAUUGAAAUGCAUUCCCAUGAUCCUCUGAGGUAUGUUGGAGACAUGCUGGCCUGGCUGCAUCAAGCUACUGCAUCAGAAAAAGAGCACCUGGAAUCUCUGCUGAAGCUUGUAAAUAUUCAAGGAGUUGAAGAUAAUAUCCAGGAGGUGGUUGGUCACAUCACAGAGGGUGUUUGCAGACCAUUGAAGGUUCGUAUUGAGCAAGUCAUCAUUGCUGAGCCCGGGGCUGUUUUAUUGUUCAAGAUUUCCAAUCUCCUAAAGUUCUACCAUCAUACCAUAAGUGCAAUUGUUGGCACAAGCGCCUCUUCGUUGCUCACUACAAUUGAAGAAAUGCACAUGUUAAGCAAAAAAAUAUUCUUCAACAGUCUAAGCCUGCAUGCAAGUAAACUGCUGGAUAAAGUGGAGCUGCCUCCUGCCGAUCUGGGGCCAAGUUCUGCUUUAAACCAGACACUUACAUUAUUGCGGGAGGUCCUUGUGUCGCAUGACUCUUCUGUUGUUCCACUCGACGCACGGCAGGCUGAUUUUGUACAGGUCCUGUCCUGUGUGCUGGAUCCAUUAUUACAGAUGUGCACAGUGUCUGCCAGUAAUUUAGGCACAGCUGACAUGGCCACGUACAUGGUCAAUUGCCUCUACAUGAUGAAGACAACUCUUGCUCUAUUUGAGUUUACAGACAAGCGCUUGGAAAUGCUGCAGUUCCAAAUUGAAGCACAUUUGGACACUCUUGUAAAUGAACAGGCUUCAUAUGUCUUAACAAGAGCUGGACUAAGUCAGAUAUAUAGCUGUGUACAACAACACAAGCCUGAGCAGGGGGCACUUUCAAACCUGCCCAGUAUGGAUUCCGUAUCCCUCAAGGCUGCAAUGGUGCAAUUUGACCGCUACCUGUCUGCUCCUGACAACCUGCAAAUGCCACAAUUGAACUACUUCUUAAGUGCCACCGUAAAAGAACAGAUCAUUAAGCAAUCUACAGAAUUAGUUUGCAAAGCCUACAGUGAACUGUAUGAAGCAGUUAUGAAGCCAGUGAAUGGAUACAAGGAGCCAACAAGCAUUCUCCAUAGAUCUCCUCAACAAGUCCAGACUCUGCUCUCGUAAAGGUUACUUGUGACAGCAUUUUCUUUCCGAUUCCCUUUAAGGAUCUGACCUGUCACUGACUGGCCUAAUUUACGGGGUUCCUGCUUCCCGACUUAUCAAUGGAGGAACAGAUCUCUCUACAGCAGAAUGCUUUGCUGGGCCUUGGUGUACCCAGGCUCCCUGAACUCAUCCAGCUGGAUCAGCAACUAAAAGUCAAAUUAAAAGAUCCACUCCUAACCAGGCACUAUGUUAAAGUGUGGCAGGAAGUGGUCAUAGGCCAGUAAGCCAAUAACUGGAAUAUGUAGAUUAGUAACUAGAUACUGUACAUGGACAUCUGCCCAGCAACUAGGGAGAUAAAGAAAUGUAGGGAUUUAAAGCCAUAGGGGCAUAAUAAACCUAUGGGACACACACACACACCCCCUUUCCUUGGAUAAGAUUGAUUACUCUGUAUAAUGGCAAGGAUAACAAUGGCAAUAUAUUUGGUGAUAUCCAUCUCAUAAGAAUAGCAUGGAUGGAAGCAUUCUUUGAUUAGAAAUUAUAAUACCUAAGUUAAAUGCUGAAGUUUUUUUGGCAAGAUGAAGGGAGAAUACAGACCAACAAGUAAAGAAAUGUACAGUUGACUAUUGAAUUAGGAAUCACUUCUCCUGCAAGCUCCUUAUGUUGACAACAAUGAUGCUUUUCAGCUCAACUCAGACGUGGUGAUGUGUAAUUUUCAGGAAUGAUUUCUAGUCAGAGAGAGAGAUUAUUUUUAGCACGUGGGUUUAAAUAUCUAAUUAUAGAUGCCUCAUAAAUAGACUUUGAGGUUUUAUCCUUAAAAUAUAGAUUUGUUUGUGACUUAUCACAAUGGCUUCUGUUAUACUUCUCCGAUAUACAGUCAUAUCUGAGUUUCAUGAUUAAAAUGACUUGUUUGCAGAGGCUGCUCAUAAGUGUUGCCUGCAUUGAUGUAACCUUUAUGCACACAGUUAUUUUCAGUGCUUGGAGCUUGAAUUUAAA